AUGCAGCUCUGGUCUCGCGCUUCGACUAGGCAACUGGGACGCGCUGCACUUCGCACGGUAGCAUGGCGAUCACCCGCACGGGUGGGAUAUGUGCCGCUGCCACGCACGUAUAUGAACACGCGUCCCGUCUCGCGGCAUGACACGCUGCCAUAUGAUGACUUGGACGCCAGUGGAUCGUUUGUGAAUAUCAACGAAGAUGACUCUAUACCGAUUCGCAUUCUUAAAGUCUCCCCCACAGAAAUCAAACUGGCCAACGGUGACGUCGUACCCCCUACAUGCAUAUUUCUGCAAGGCCAGACUUUUGUAUGGACCCCGCCGCCUGUGGACCCCAUGACGGCGAUGCCGAGUGGCAAGGGCUGGGAGGCAUGGACGGAAGACGUAUGGAGCAUCUUUGACAUGACCAUGCCCAAGCCAGAAAUACUUGUCUUCGGUACAGGAAACACCGUUUUGCCUGUGCCUCACAAGAUUCGUUCCUUGCUGCAUUCGAUGGGUAUUCAGCUAGACGUGCAAAACACUCGUCAUGCGUGCUCAACAUUCAAUUUGCUUACAGAGGAAGGCCGCAAUGUCGCAGCAGCGCUCUUGCCCCUCACGUAG